UCAGCUAUAAUAUACUAUGAUUUUAGGUUAUGUUUUCUAAGAAUUUUCACUGAAGUAAUAUCAAGAUUAUUAUUAAUUUUGAGUAAAAAAUAAAUUAAAUGACCGCCUGCAGAGGUUGUAUGGGUAAAAAUGAGCGGAUGGAAUCCGUUUUUGGCGCAGUUCAAGAAUAUAAUAUCACGUUAAGCGAAAUGUUUACUGAUUGCACUUCAUUGGGGGUAACAAAAAACGACGGUUUACCAGAAUAUUUAUGCGAUAUCUGUGUUAAUAAAGUACAGGAAUGGUUUGAAUUUAAACAAAUGUGCUUGAAAUCUGAUGAAACAUUCCGUGAAGAUUUAGCUAAAAACUUUGUUAACGAAAUUCAAGUAGAUCUAACAUGGAGUGAAAGCGGAGGGGAUAGUAUUGAAUUUGAAGUUGAAAAUGAACAAGAGGAGGAAGUUAAAAAGAGAAAAUUGCAAAGUGGUAAAGAAAAAGGGAAAAAGAAGAGGACAAAAAGCAAUAAUAGUAAAAAUGAAAUAAAUGAUAAUGAAAAUGACGAAAAAGUCGAUGAUGAAGAUAAUGUAAACGAUGAGAAUCCAAUAAGUGAUCAUACUUAUGCUUCUGUUGAUAAAUCUCCAACGACGAAUUAUUAUCACUGUCGAUCAUGUUUAAAAAUUUUCACCGAUUUAAAAGUCCUCCAAAAUCAUAUAAGUUCAGAUCAUCCCACCGUUUUACAAUGUAAAUUUUGUAACCAAGAAUUUUCCGAACACCUCGAUUUCGUGCUACAUUUAUCAAUUUGUAAUAAAACUAAUAACGAAGAAUCUAAAUUAUUAGACCAAAACGAAUUAAAACAAUCAGAACCGGAAAAACAAAAAAUCAUAAAAAAACCAAAAAGGCCCAAAAAAUCCACAGUUUAUUCUCACAUGUGUCAUAUUUGUGGCCGAUGUUUCGCCAACCCGCACUCAUUAAAAACCCAUUGUAUAAUCCACACCGGCGUAAAAAAUUGGGUUUGCGAACUUUGCGGGAAAAGAUAUACCACACUAUACAGUUUAAAUUGUCACAUGUGUACUCACGAAGAGGUGAAACUUAAACAUCAAUGCACUUAUUGUCCGAGAACAUUUCACGGAAAAGUUGAACUUGAAAAUCACCUUAGAAUCCACACAGGAGAACGUCCGUUUAAAUGUCCCAUUUGCUCAAAAGCAUUUCGUUUAAAAAGUACUAUGAAAACACACUAUGAAAGACACGCCUGCGAAAACGACAAAGGAAUACGAAGAUACACCUGCUCAAAUUGCAAUAAAUCGUUUAUUAGUGAUAUUAGUCUUCAAAGACAUGUUGAAUCUAAAUGUCAUAGAAAUGAUCAAAAAGAAUCUAAAGAUCACGAUAAAGAAAGCGGGGAAGAAACUACGUUUCCUUGUCAUAUAUGUAAAAAAGAAUUUCGUUCCGAACGAAAUUUAAAAUCCCAUUUGCUUAGACACACUGCGAACAGGCCGUUUGUUUGUACGGUUUGUUAUAGAAAUUUUCGAGAGGAAGCCACCCUUGAAGCACAUCUUAGAUUCCAUGCAAGACCGAAACCAUUUCAAUGUGAAAUUUGUGAUAAACGGUUUGUUGAUAGAUCGGCGCUUAGAUGUCAUAAUAGAACACACACGGGGGAGAAACCUUUUGAGUGUGAAGUUUGUACCAAAAGAUUUUCCGCUAAGAUGUCUUUGAAGGCUCACAUGAGAAGUCAUACCGGGGAGAAACCGUUUAAAUGUUCCUUAUGUAAUCGUUCAUUUACGCAAAGAUGUUCUUAUCAAACUCAUAUAUUAACAAUUCAUAAUGGUCAAGUUUAAAUGUUAUUAAUAAAAAUAAAAAAUUUAGUUACAUAA